GUCGCUUGAAGGUCUGCCCAGUGGCUUUAGCCAGAUACGCCUGCCACGCAAGCCACUUCACCUGACCGUCGACAUGCGUCUGCUGCUGCUCGCGCUGCUGAGUGCAUUGCCCUCGAUCGCGGCUGAUUCCGCCACCCAUUGCGUCAAGUGGCGUGCCACCUCCAAUUGCGAUCCGCACGGAGUGCGCGAGCCGCAUAACGACGCCGCGUGCUCGAAGCGCAUCGCCUCAGGACUCUCGGGCUACUGCGAGUGCGAAGGCCGUCGCCGAGUUCGAGAAGUAGAGUGCGACCACCACGAAUUCACGUGCGAGGAAGCCUGUGCCCAGGACUCGUCCGCCGACCUUAGCUACCCGCAAGGAUUCGAGCACGUGACGUGCGGCAGCUCCAUUAAGCUAGUACACGAGCCAAGUCGCUACCGUCUGCACUCACAUGAGAUCGCGUAUGGUAGCGGCAGCGGUCAGCAGUCAGUCACCGCGCACAUGGCGCGCAAUGACGUCAACAGCUACUGGCUCGUCAAGGAGGGAGACGGCGCUCCAGUAUGUGACGUGGGCAAGCCUAUUGAAUGCGGAGCCACGAUCCGCCUGGAACACAUGCAGACGCGACGUAAUCUACACUCACACAUGUUCAAGGCGCCGCUGUCGUCGCAGAACUUGGAAGUCAGCGCUUUUGGUGUCGCUGGAGAAGGAGACCGAAUGGACUCGUGGGUCGUCGAGUGUCAGGAGAACCAGCAGUGCUCGGCCGAGGGCCAGUGCGAAGACGACGGACUCUGGAAACGUGGCGAGCUCGUACGUCUGCGUCACCGGGCGACAAACCACCUGCUCACCACGAGCUCGAGGUCCCGGUUUGAUGACAGCAAUUGCCCGCGAUGCCCCAUUAACGGCCAGCAGGAAGUGAGUGGCAGCUCCACGCGCGAUGAGAACACACUCUGGUUCGCUGGAGAAGGCAUUUACGUGACAGAAUAAACGAGAAUGUCAGAAAACAAAACAAUGGGGAAGAGUAGACGGACUGCGAGCUUGACAACGUUGUCCUUUAACAUUAAACACGACGCCCCAAUCCUACUCGCACAAGUAAAUAGGUCACCCCACAUUUUGUUUACUCAUCCAGCUCAAUUACUUCGAAGCCAUCGUCUUCUAGAUCAAACUUUGUCGUCUCGUCACACUCAAGGAAUACCGGGGGUACGCCCCCCUGGUUGGUGGGCAUCUCGAACAGUGCCGUCGUCAGUGCCUUCACCUCUUCUAAUACUUUUUGAACGAACGAACACGAAUCGUUCGGAG